GCGAUGCGGAUCGUUUUCGUCGUCGUCCUGAUUGUUUGAUUAAAACUUUCUGUUUUAGCGGGUAUUGAAACGGAAAAAAACACCGUGCGUGAAAUUGUGCUAGUUGUUUGUGUGUUUGACAAAACUCUGCACUGAAAAACGACCGUCUUUUACAGUGAAGAAGGUAAAACCAAAAAUCCCUGAUAUCGAAUUGAAGCAGAAGGCCGUUUCCGCUGGUUUGUAGUGGUCCGUGAAUAAUCCGUGCACCGCCCCAUAAGAGGCCCCCCUCUCCCGUUGCACACGCAAGUACACGACCGUCCCGGGACUGCCGCAGUGUAUUUUCACAAAAAGUUACAUUUCCAAUGUUGUUUAAUGCCCGUUCGUUCGCUUUGAAAUAGGGAAACAGUGAACUGUGCUUCUGUACGUGCGUGUGCUGGUGUGUUUACGCACUGUUAUCGUGUUCCGUGUAGUGUGUGCGCGUGUUUAAAAAACCGAUAGAGAAAAGUGGUGCUCAGCUGCGAGUGAGUUUUGUGUGAACAUCAAACGUGUCCCGCAAAAAGGGGAACAGUGAAAUCAAAGUGCAUCGAGUGCAUGUGCACACCACUGAAGCAAGGAUCUAUUCCCCGAGGUUAUUGGCUGGCAGAAAUCGUUCUAUUCCUCUGUAAACAAAAGAUUUUUGGAAGCCGCCAUUAGCAACCUUUGGGGUUUAACGAAGCAAACCCCGCAAGUGAUCGCGUUGAGUAGGCUGUGGGGUCGCAGCAGCCCGCGCUUCACCAGCACGACACCGUCGAACGACGACGAAGACGCGAGGGCGACGAACGUGUCACGGUCACCGUCACCGUCACCGUCAGAUGGCAGCAGCCGCCGACGCUGACGCCGACGCCGCACAGUAACGUCGUCGCGCCGCGCUGAGGAGCAGUUAAUCACGAGACGUCUUUCGUGCCGGUCGUGUGUAGCAGAGUGGUGUGGUGGGUAGAGAGACCACCGUCGCCUCGUUCCCAAAUCGAUGAACGGUGGGUAGUGGUGGUGACACAGAAGCAGCAGUACCACCCCGGUGCGCUUCGUAAGAUGACGAAUCCCGGCGGUACCGCAACAAACAACGGCCAAACCCCGGAUGAUUUCAUCCUUCGUUCGUGAGUCCGUCGGCGUGUGAAGGUCGUCGAGUAUUCGUUGUUCGUGUUUUGAUUCCGCAGUGUGUGCAGCGGCAGCGAGUGUGAUCGUAACAACCAUCUGGGUGGCAUCCUUGUACUAAAGUGUACUAAAAAAAAAUAGGUGUAGUGUGUGAUUUUGGUUCGCAAUCCCCUGGGUGCAUUCGCUUCGUUUGUGAGAAAAGUGAAAAGCGCAGUAAAUUCGCUGCCUCCCGAUAAAAAAAUAGCCGAUAGUGUGGCAAAGAAAAAGAGAAAGAGAAAGUGCGGUGCCGCGGCCGGUCCGUGAUUUUCGGUGGUGGUCGUCCGUCCCGUUGUGUGAUUGAUUCGGCUCGGAGGAAGGGGGGGUUCGUGUUUUGGUUUGGUCGGAAAACGAAAUAUGAUGCAGAGCAGCGACACCGGUGAAAGUGUUGCCGCGAUUCUUCACGCCUUUGACCAGCACGACGACGGCGGCUGCCGGUAUCGGUUCCACCGGUGCCACCGUGGUUUAUCCGGUGUGUGACGCACCUAUCACCAGGGUUAUCUAUCUCCCGUCCCCCGGUGUAGUCCGGGGAAAAGUUGCAAAAUCGCAUUAGUGACGUGAGUGUGUGUGUGUUUGUGAGUGUGUUUACCGGUCUCGCGCCCGCGUUCCAAAACCGGUCCCCGUCAACUAACGCGCAGUAGUGUACUUCCUCGCCUCGAUUUCGCCGAUAUUACAACACACCACACAGCAGGCCAGACCAGUGUUGUUGCUGUUUGAGAGAGAGAAAGAUAAAUUAUACAAUAAUCUUGGCAGGCCAGUGAAAGACGCGGCUUACUGCGUCCCCCCAUUCCGUCCUUUCGCACGCGCGCGGCCACUCGGAAAGGAUGAAGAGCAAGAGGCCGAUCGGUGCCAUCGGGUGCGAUCGCUUCCUUCCUGUAGCAGCAGCAGCAGCGAGCAGCAGCGAAUGGCGCGUUUGCAUUUGAAGAGAAAGAGAGAGAGAGUGAAAGUAGUGUUUUAUUGAUGCAUUCCCGCACCUGCACCCGCUCACCAUCAUCCUCUAUCGUGCAAUCAUCAGCAUAUUAGGUUAAGCGUGAAGAAAAAAUAGUAAACGUAGUAGGAGCCGUAGGUUAAAAAGCAACCAACAGGAAGGAUACCGAAGAUCCACUGAUUUGCAGCCAAGAUGAAUUCCGUCUUUUCUGCAUUUAAAUCCUCAUCGAGUGGUGUCGGUACGGCGUCAUCGCCCUCGUUGGUGUCACCGACUACCGAUGCCAACGGCACCGGUGUUGCGGCUGCGGUCAAGAUGAACGGAAGCAUCAGCACCAGCAGCAGCAGCAGCAGCAGCAGCAACAACAAACAUGAACCGACCAGCGUGGCAACGAGCAACGGAGUUGCAAAUUGUCCCAAGCCACCGACGACGAAGCUGCUGCUGAACCUGAAAACGCACCGCCCACCGGUAACGGACCAUCCGCCGAGCGGAAGCUACGAAAAGUUGCGCCACAUCCGCGAGAUCAGCAACCCGGUCGCGUUGGACCAUGGCGUAGUGGUGGUCGAUGCGGUACCACCGAGCGACAGCUCCAUCACGACCACACCGGUGCAGAGCCCCUCGGCAUCGGAAGCGCCGUCGAUCGGUCCGCCGACGAGCAUAAACGGGCACCACGAGCAUAACACCAGCUGCGCCAAUGGUGGUAGUAGUGGUGCCAUUGCUGCAACGCGAAUCAUCGGCAUCGAUCAGGUCGAUUGCCAUCCACAUCAUCAUCAGCAGCAGCACCAGCAGCAGCACCGUCCAUUGCACCAUCCGCAUCUACCGCAACUACCUUCCCCCGCGCUCGGCACUAACGGUGGCAGCAAAGCGGCUGACACGGUGGCAACCAGCCUCACCACAGCAGCACCGGCCGUACUGGCCAUCAAACCACCCUCCGGUGCGUCAUCGUCAUCGGUGGUAGCGUCCAGCGCGUCCACCACGAGUGCCACGGUGUCCGGGUGUCCUGGUAGUAGCAGUAGCGCUGCUACCAACAUCAGCAGCAGCAGCAGCAGCAGCACGACACUCUCCAGUGGCGUGGGACUGUCCAGUUCUUCGCUGCCACCGUCACGAUUCCAUAAGCCAAGGCUUAGUCUGAGCAAUAGCAGCGGUGGCGGUGGCACCAGCGGUACUGGUGGCAACUGUGGCGGCAGCCUAAGCACCACCAGCAUGCCAUCGGUACACGGCCGAACGGGUCCAAGCGGGGGUGCCGGCACUGGUGGCGCCGGCUCAUCUGGUAUGCCCCCACCAAAGACGAGACUUUCAACGCACCAAAGGAAUCUUAGUUUAGAUUUUAGAUCAAUGGGAAUUCUAUUACCUCCAGUUUCGCAAGUGACCAACACGCGCAUCAACAUGACACAGCAUCAUCGGAAUCGCAGUCUGGACAGUGCUCUACAACGAAUACCGGAGGUUGAAGUGUCCUCACCAAGUGCGGAAUCAGAAAACACGCUCCACUGUACGAACGCCAUCCUGAGCGGAACGAUGUGCAGCAAGAUCAUCCAAUCCUCAUCGUCCACCAAUCCGACCAACACGCCCAACAUUACCGGUAGGGGGAGCAAGCUGCAGGGAGCUGCUGAAAGUAUGGGCAGCAGUAGUAAAGGAGGAAGGCCGACGAUCAAUGGCUGCUCGAGUGCUGGAGGUGGAUCGCUGCCGGCCUCAACCGAUAGGACAAUCGCUGAACGACAGCAACAGCAGCAGCUAAUGGGAAAGAUGGAACUGCUUGAGCAAGGGAUUGGUGCAGCAUCCCGUACACUGAAGGGUACACAUUUAGGUGACGUGGAAUCAUCGUUGUCGAGUGCCAAGGAAAGUGAAAGCAAAAAGCGUGAGGAUCUGACGAGUCUGGGGUCGGAUGAUUCUGGUAUCAUCUGUGGCUCGGAGCCGGACCAUACAUCACUUACGCGCAUUCGUCGUUCGAGGGAAAGCCUCGAUUCUGGCGAGAUCGAUCCGUCCGAGGAGGAGUGUAUCGAGAUACUGGAAACGACAUCGAUGGACGAAGAGUACCGCAUGCUGCAGUCCGAUCUGUGCUUCUAUCCAACCACAGUGGAAGGUUGCAAUAAUAAUAACAACAACGAUGCAAAAGCUACCACCGAUGAGCUUGGUAGUGGCGAUCAGCUCCAUCACCACCAGAACCACCACCAAGCGACGGUAACUGCUGCUUCAGCCGACGCAAUCAGCGAUAAGGUUCGCUACCGGCAACGGAAUAUGACCCGUGCAGCGAUCAUGCUCGAAACACUAUUCGUUCCGAUCGAUUACGAGGACAAUGUACCGACGAUUACGACGCGCGCCAAUGAUGACGGCGGUGAGGGAGAGGGUGAUGAUGAUCAGGAUGUUGUGGACGCACCGACGCCCAUCAUCGGCGAAGGAAAGUCCUUGACCACGCCAACCAACGCACCGAUUCCCGAUUUUUUGCCAUCCAAUACCACCAUCACCACCAACAACAACACCUCAACAGUGCCAACAGCGGGAGCUGAGCAUGAGGGUGUCAGCCCCAUCAGCAGCAGCGCCAGCAACACGACAGUUGCCAAUAACGCAAGUGGCACAAGUCAAAAAUCGACCAACAAUGACCAACAGCAGCCGCAACAGUCGAAGGCGGACCAAAAGAAUGAAGUGAUCUUUCGGAACUUCUUCGGUGCUACGAAGAAUGCCAUCUUCCGCACGGCACAGAGCAUCAUCGAUAAUCAUGAGAAGAAGCACGCAAAGAAUCGAGAGAAACAGAGCAGCACAACGGCGGAAGAUUGUGCUGCUGGAGGUGCCAGCGUGACAACGACGACGGGAUCGACCGGAACAGCGAACAGCUUAGGUACCUCGAUCAUCAAAUCGCCUACGGAAGCGAUUCGGAGGCGCGAAUUUGGCAGCAUGUUCGGAUCGCGUACGAAGCACCACCAACAGCAGCAGCAACAACAACAGCUUCAAAGCCCAACACCAGCACCAGCGGUUCCAGCGGUUACUGAAAUAGAUCAUCCAGAAUCGCCAUGCGAUAAAAUGCUGCUAGCAGCACCGAAAGCAUCACUAUCGAAAUCAUCCUCGACUGCUUCUCUGAAGGUGGUGCCGGGAGUAGCAGUAGCUACUACGAGUACGGGAUCAUCCUCUACGACAACGGCAGGACCAGCGUGCAACAACAGCAGUGCGGCAUCUCGUGACGAAUCGCAAAUACGGUCGGAACGUGCCGGACAGAGUGGACUGUUGCGAUUCUUUGAAUCGCCCGUCUUUAACAUCCACUUCGCCGUGCACUAUCUGUUCUACUCGAAGGAACCGGGUGUGCUGAGCUUCAUCGGAAACAAGAUUUUCAGCUUCCCCAACGGUGAGGUUGAUCUGUACAUUCCUCAGCUGAUGGUCAUGUACAUGCAGAUCGAAGAGCUGUCUGAGGUACUGGAUCCUUACCUGGUGUACCGGUGCCGCCAGUCGGUGGACUUUUCGCUGAAAUGUGUCUGGUUGCUGGAGGCGUAUAACUUUAAUAUGGAGAUGCUGAGUGCCGGCGGAAGCAACGGCAUUCGCAAGCAUCUAACCCUACUCCGAGAGCUGUACCCCAAGCGGGAACGCGUGAAGACAGGCACUCAAAAUCAGCAGUCCUCCUAUCAACGGCUCACCGAGCAACAGCAGCAGCAGCAGCAGCAGCAUCAACGGGAUCAUGAUGGUACCAGUGCAACAACGAUAAACUCUCUGAACCUUCCGGCGCUGACGGCGGUUCGAAAGACGCACCAUCGAUCGCAAUCCGACGCGACUGGUAUGAUGGGCGGUAUGAUGUCGGUAAAUCCGAAGUUGCUUUACAGUCAACCACCUUCGACGGUGGCACCAGUAGCCGGACCAGCAGGACAUCUGCCUCACCUCGCGAGUAGUGUACUACAUGCACCUCACCAUCCGAUCAUUGGCAGCGGUAGCAGUAGUAGGCCCGUUUGCCUGGGCGAUCUAUCGACCGGGCGUGCCUUCGAUAAUGGGUGCGUGUGCUUUGAGUCAGUCCGAGGAACGGUGAACGAUCUGCUCGGCCAACAGACGGUCUGCUCCUGCGGUGCUCCGAAGCUAGCACCGGAGAAGGAGUUCAUGAAAUCGUUGAUCGAUAUCGGCAAGAUGCUGACCUGCCUGCAGACAAAGAUCGAGAAGACGAGCCGGCUGCGGAUACUGUUGAAUUUGAUCAACAAGAAUCUGCCGGCGCGCGUGUGGCUACCGCUACACUCGGAAGCUCUGCCACAUCAUGUGGUGCGCAUUACCGAGGAGAAGACGGCCGUGCUCAACUCGAAAGACAAAACCCCCUACAUCAUCUACGUGGAGGUGGUCGAGGUGCAGGAUAUCUACACCUCGCCCGUCAUCCCAAAACUCAUGCCCACGCUGCGGCACACGAAAAGCGAGGAACGGCUCGACAGCUCCACCAUUGUGACGACGGGCGGAAGUAGUGUUGUCGGUUCUCGCGAACACUCAAAGACUGAUAGCCAAACGAUUGGCGAGACGGUAACGACUCCGUCGACAGUAGUAACAGGCGCUGCACCAGCAGCAGUAGCACCCACUGGUUCUUCCCUUUCUACAUCGUCGGUACGGCGACCGAACAAACUGUCCGAAUGCUCGGUAGACUUUGGAACGACUGGUAGCGUUAGUGGAGGGUGUAUGGAACUUGGGCUGACCGAGGACGAUGUGUGGUCGCAGGAAGAUGACGAGAUCACCGCCCAGUACCUGAGUCUCACCAAGAUGUCCACUGACCGUGAUACGAUAUCGCAGUUCUCCAUCGAUUCUUACGACUCCCGGGAACACCAUACUCCAACGCUGUUCAAUAUCGGGGAGGUGAAGAAGCGUCACUGUGCCAAUCUGAACUCGGAGAACGCGAAACCGUUUAGCAACGAUCCGUCGGAUCCUUCUGCCGCCGCGCUAAAGGAACCUUGGCACGAGAAAGAGAAACAGAUUCGCGAAUCCUCACCGUACGGUCACCUGCAAAACUGGAGGCUUCUGUCGGCCAUCGUUAAAUGUGGCGACGAUCUACGGCAGGAGCUGAUGGCGACUCAGCUGUUGCAGAUGUUCAAGCUGAUCUGGGAUGAAGAGAAGGUGGACCUCUGGGUGCGACCGUACCGGAUCGUGUGUCUAUCGAACGACUCGGGGCUGAUCGAAACGAUCGUCAAUACCGUCUCGCUGCACCAGAUCAAGAAGAACUCCAACAAAAGCCUCAAGGAUUACUUCAUCGAUGAGUACGGCGAAAUCGAGACGGAAGCGUUCCAGCGGGCCCAGCGUAAUUUUAUGCAGUCCUGCGCGGCAUACUGUUUGAUAUCGUAUCUCCUGCAGGUCAAGGAUCGCCACAAUGGGAACAUUCUGCUUCACUCGGACGGUCAUUUGAUUCACAUCGAUUUCGGUUUCAUUUUGAGCAUUUCGCCCAAAAACCUCGGUUUCGAGCAGUCACCCUUUAAGCUAACGCCCGAGUUUGUCGAUGUGAUGGGUGGUCCCGAAUCGGAGCUGUACAGUGAGUUCAAGUAUCUGCUACUGGAUGGUUUGAAGGCCGCACGCAAACAUAUGGAUCGCAUCAUCAAUAUUGUGGAAAUAAUGCGAAGUAGUUCGCAGCUGCCGUGCUUCAAGAACGGUUGCUCCGGUACGGUGCGCAAUUUGCGCAAUCGCUUCCACAUGAACCUAACCGAGCAAGAGCUGGAGCGUAAGGUCGAGCAGCUGAUACAGGACUCGCUGAACUCGCUCUCAACCAAGCUGUACGAUGGCUACCAGUACAUCACGAAUGGCAUUUUGUGAGAGCGAUUCUACAUGAAAAUCUAAGCAAGCGCAGAAGGCGACGAUACAUAAAAAAAAGUACAAAUCUCGACCGGUGACCCCGCUGUGCGGAUGGGAUACAGCAUUUUCCUCCAUAUUGGCAUUGCGUGAUCUUGAAGGGGGUAACAGCUCUAUUGCUUUAAAAUAAUUCUUCUCAAUAUCUCUUUCCUGCAUUCGUUAAAACUAUUAUUUUGUGUUUAUUUACUCGGGAAUACAAACAAGCAAAAACAUUUCAUCUCGGAUGUGUUCUAGUGGGUGCAAGAUGUCUUCUUGUGUUGUGCAAUGGCAACAACUUAACGCAAUGCAACCGCAAACCAUGGCUAACCUUUACCGUCGUUAGGUCUUGUUAGGUUUGUAGAAUGGUGAAAUGGUAUCGGUGAACGGUAGCGGUAGGUGAUGAAAAGUAGGCUAGAGAACGUAUACUGAAUUCAAUCGCUAGCGAGCCGGCGAGGACCUCAUUUUUGGUCAGAAAAGUUCGGAACACAGACACAGUGGGAAGCAAGUAAAUUACUAAACACUAGCUAGCUUUUUGUAUAAGAGAAGUAGAGUUUUUAAUCUUUAAAAACAAAAACUUGAAAUCACGUUUCAUCUCAUGUUAGAGCUUAAUACUUGCAGCAGCAGCAGCAGCAGCAGCAUCAGCAGCAGCAGGCGUAAUGGAUGUACAUACUAGCAGCUCUUUCAACCUAGCGAAUAGAGAUGAAAGGAAAGAGUGAAGUUAUGAUAAGUGGAGUUUGGGUUCCCAAGCAAGCAUCAUAUUCUCAUCCACCAUACCUUUUUCACAUUACCACAGUCGUCCGUGUUCUUCGUUGCAAAAGUACAGACAUAAAGCAGCAGUGCGUCGAUAGUUUCGUAAUAGAUAACUCAUUAGUAAUAAGACGAAGCGAAACGCAAGUAAACACAAGAAAUCAAAAUGAAAUCGAGCAGGGUAUCCCCCGGCGCCGGGCGCUUAGUGCGCUUACACAGGCAGACAAAGAAAGACGAGGAAUGUGCGAAAGAAGACAUGUGUUGCUUAAGAAGAAGGAUAAGUGUUGAGAGCCAAAUUGAGGGUAAACGUUAUGAAAGCUGCUUGUUACGUUAGGUUUUCGUUUACCGUGCCCUCUUCCUCGCUUUCCCUCGGUGUGUGUUUGUAAAACAAAGGUAUGUUUCUAAGAGCUCGGUGAAAAGGUUAUGGUUGACAGAAGUGAAUAGUGUAUGAGGUUGGCACGUUCUAUCUAUAAAGUGUUUUUCCACCCCUCUCAAUAUAGGCUAGACAGAAGGUAAAGUGUAAAAGCAGAGGAUAACUGAACGCCGAGCGAUCAUCACUGAGAGAUCGCCUAAGAGUAAACAGAGAGACGAAGAAGUGGAAGCUGUAAGUUUCAAACUAAAUUGUAAAAAGCAGUAGCUAAAUGGGAUUUAAAUGAAUCUAAAACAAAGAGUACAUGAUAGAAGGGUGGCUCAGGGUAGAGGAGAGGGAAUUACACCAAUUGCAAUUCGAUUGCGAGUGAGAAAGAGAGACUAUUGAGAAACAGCCGGGCAAACACUCUUUCUAGCACUUCUACCUUUUCUCUCAAUCCCUUUAAGUGAAAAACGCAAACAAAAGUCACAUUUUAUGGCCCAACACAACACAGAACCAAAUACUCAAUGUUCGGAAUGAAGAAUGAGCUGUGUAGGGGAACGGUUACACCACUACUGGGGAUAAGUUGGGAACGUAUUUUUCGGGGUGUUUUCUUUUGGAUUUAAUUUCAACGGUGCGUUUCGGUGUUUCGGUUCAGCAUCAUUACCAUUUGUCAAUCCUUAGCCUAUGUUACAUUGCCAUGUGCUAUAUAUAUAUAAGUAUAUAUAUAUAUGUACAUGUAUAAGAGAUACUCCGUAUUGCGCAUGCAUUACAUGUAAAUUGAUCGGAAGACGAACCCUUACUGUAAAUCGUACGUUCCGUGUUGUUAACUUUGUAAUCCUGGAUACGCGGACGCUUACAUCCCUUACUACUCUUUGGGUUUUAUUUUAUCCUUUCCUCUCUCGUGUGUCGUCACCUUAAGGAAUGGUUGAUACGAAUGAGGUAGCCCUGGUGAUGGGCCCUGCUUCGCCGCAUCACUGUACAAUGUGUACUCAAGUCACGCCGGAAGGAAGAGAGUGGGCAAGGUAAAAAAAAAGAACAAAAAAGAAGAAUCGUAACUAUAACAAGUAUCUUACAAAACCUAUUGUAUAAAUCAGAACUAGCUGAAGAUCAAAGCAAAUAAAAAUUUAAAAAAACACGAGUAAGGCAAUGAGGAAGGGUAAUGCGGUCUUCUCCAGGAUUCGCCCGUAAUACCUGUCGAUUUGAGCGAUCUGAGUAGCCUGUGCCUCCUGUGCAGGCUGAGAGAAAAGCAAAAGGAGGUGAAACUUCCCGCCACACAACACGGAAAGUAAUGUGAAAAGUAGCUAAGAUUAUUAUUAAUGCUAUUAAUCUAUUACAUUUAAUAUUAUAUUAUAAUACUAUUACCUACUGCUACCUACCUACUAUCAAAGGUUCGUCAUUGUACGUAGUCGGUAGUGCGGCCGUGCGAAGAAGACGAUGAUACUGACGCAAGGGGCAAAAGGACCCCCCCACUACACAGAAGAAGCUUGUGUAAGCAAGCUGUGCUAAAGGGAAACACCCUAAUUAGAUAAAGUGUAGCAAUGUGUAAAACCGUGGGAGGAGAACACUAAACGAAAGCCAAGGAGCGAGACAGGAGAAAACAAGCGGAGCAACGUGGAAAGGCAAACAUUUUGUCGUCAAAAUUUGAAUAUAAGUUAAAACAAAACACACAAAUGUA